AUGGACUACUACCUCUUGCCCUACCGCGGAAUCACCGCGUUCUUUCUCAAAUUCCCUUCCAUCAAGGACUUCUUCAACAACUACAGGCCCUAUGUUCGCCACCUUCCCGUGUCGAAGCCUCGUCGGCAGAAGAAGGCCGCUGCCCCAAUCACCUGGAACAAUAACCCGUCUCGCCUCGCCCGCAUCAUGAACAAGGGUACCUUCGUCAUGUCCGACUGGAGCAACGGCGGCAACGUCGUUCAUCAGGGAUACGACUCGUACGACGUUCCACAAGGAUCCGUCCUCUUUGGCAACGAUCCUAUCGCGCCACCGGACCCCCGCACCUACGAGCUUGCCUUAUCCCCAGCUCGUUAUGUCCCCAAGAAGUCGCAGAGCGACUCUCUUCUCUAUUUCACCUCCGACGUUCCUCAAGAUUCUCUGCUCUUCCAAGUCGGACCCCCAGGUGGGACGCUCGACAUACCGAUUCGCCCCAAGGCUGGCGAGGGCAGGCCGUCAUUCCUGGACUGGAACAAUGUUCGUCGGCUUGCGGCUGCCUUCUACGAGAAACAAGUUGGCGCGCGUACCAACACGCUCGACAUCACCUGGGAAGAGAACCAGGUCGAUCGAGCUGGAUGGAGGGGCAGAUACGUGGUGAAGGAGCUCUUCCGUUACUUGAACGCCAACUACGUCUCGGACGGCCGUGAUGCGUACCCGUUGACCGCCUCCUUCGCGUGCAUGCACUUUACUGUCCCAGAGACGGUUAGAGACCUUACUACACGCGACCCGUUGGGUAACCCCACUGAGGAGAACGACUUCAUCGAAUUGCAGCAUGCAUUGGGACUCAAGGAGCUCUACUGGAAUGGCGACUUCGCUCUCCUCGCCGCCAAAUUCAUUAAUAUCCCCUUCCACCAACUCUCUACCCUCUCUAUCACGGGAUGUGUCCUCUCAACCAACGACGCUAUUGCAAUAUUGCAUUCCUGCCCAGACCUUACACGAGCCGAGCUUGGGACCGUGGACAGUGUAGCAGCGUCCGUUCGCAAUGUGUCCUUGAAGCCCAGUGCGUAUCGCCUAGAGAAAAUGGGGCUCUUGACGGACCUGAAAAUGACGUCCAACGAUCCCGUAAACCCGAUUUUCGAUCGCCUGGGGCUCCAUGGGCUAUGCACCCUGACUUUAAUUCUCAAGGAUGGAAGGAGCAUCUUCCAAGCUCUGGACGGUAUUCACCCGUACGUUACCCUGAAUGUUACUGGACCCCUGCCUCCAUCUCAGAAGAAAGCGCUUACGAGCAAGUUCGAAAAGGUACAAUUCAUGUAA